CCAGCGCUCCGGCUCACUCCCUCAGUCACUCUCUCCCAGUGGCCGCGCUCCCACAGCUUGGAUACAGAACACGGUCCUGUAGCAGUGCAGAGAGAGAGAGAGAGAGAGAGAGAGAGAGAGAGAGAGAGAGAGAGUUUCUUUCCUUUAUUCUAAUCUUCUCUUUAACACAUUUUUUUUCACCCUUUUUUGGGAUUCUUCUGAUCCCCUCUGACGGACUCCACCGCCCCCUCACCCUCGCCCCCCCCCCCCCCCCCCCUGGUCUGAGCGGCUGAUCUGAUCUGAGUUCAGACUCCGGAGCCCGGAGACGGGGGGUCCUCCUUUUGGAGUGGAGACACCGCGGGGUCAGGACCGGGAAGCACGCGGCAACAGGGGGCUAAUUGACCACCGAACAGGAGAGAGGAGAGUCCCCCAUCAUCUGGUCUUGCCUUGGAUUAAAGCGACUUUGGUGGAGAGACACCGAGUGGCAGCCAUGUGAGAGAGGAGCAGCGGGCGAGCAGACCAAUGGCCACGUCCGACUAAGAGCAGAGCGGCGUCCCCCUCCCCCCCCUGCCCUCGCCCUCCCUCGCCCUCCCCCCCACUCCCUCCCUCCCUCCCCUGAAUGAGGUUGAGAAGAUGACUCUCACCAGCAGACAGUCCUUCAAUGUCCUGACGGUGGUGUUCCUCCUGCUGUCCAGCGCAGCUCUCUCGGCCCACUACCGCGUGUGCGAACCCUACUCCGACCUCAAGGGGCGCUACCACUUUGGCUUCCACUGUCCGCGCCUCUCGGACAACAAGACGUACAUGUUCUGCUGCCACCACAACAACACCGCCUUCAAGUACUGCUGCAACGAGACCGAGUUCCAGACCGUCAUGCAGAUCAACCUCACCUCCACCACUGACGGCUACGCGCACAAUAACUACACUGCCCUGGUGGGCGUGUGGAUCUACGGCUUCUUCGUCAUGGUGCUGCUGGCCCUGGACUUCCUGUACUACUCGGCCAUCAACUACGAGCUGUGCCGGGUGUACCUGGAGAAGUGGGGCCUGGGGGGCCGCUGGCUGAAGAAGGCCCGCAGCCAGUGGCACCAGUCCAUGCCGGCGGAGAGCGAGGCCCAGGCCGUGCCCAUGAUGCCGGCCCACUACCAGCCCCAGCAGAGCCUGAGGGGGGAGAGCCGCAGCCCCACGCUGCUGCCCUACAACACCUCCACCGCCUGAUCGAUGCUCUGUUGGCUGCAGAGGACCUCUCCCGAUCCCCACAGACACCUCCACCAUCACGUCACCCAAGCUGGGAGGACGUUGGAGGAGGAUACCGGAGCAGCCAACAGGGACUACUCCCAACCCCCCACCACCACCACCACCCUCUGCCCCCUGCCAACCCCAUCACCCUGACCCUCAUUCUGGCGUCGCUAACGGGCACAACAACCUGCCAAUGGACCUUUUGAAGAAGGAAAAGCCGGCUCGGGCCCGUCACACUGAGUCGGCACAGCAACGGACUGCUGAGGGGGAAUGUGAGGAGAAGGGAGGAUCUUACUGCUGCUAUCAGGCCACUGCAGCAAAAAAGAGGAAGAAGAAAAAACAACAAGGAGCACCAGACACAUUCAGCUGCUCGUAGCCAUUUUAGCUGAUCCCCCCUCCCUCCGACACGAAAUGACACAACAGUUUGCUGUGUUCCACUCGUGCCCAGCACGCCACUGGACGAACUGUAGUUUGUGCAAAAGUGGCGAAAGUCGGCUCAGUCGGCUUUAAACAAAAAAAAAGAAAACGAAUAUAUAUAUAUAUAUAUCUUUCUUAGAUAUAUGGUGUCUCUUACACUGCUGUGUCAGUUUGUGUUGAGUAGCAAUUAGACACAGUUGUGUGCUAUCUAGUUGGUGGUUUAUUUAUGUACGAGUGCGAGUGGUUGGCGUUCUUUAAACUGAUUUUACCCCAGGUUGAUGCAGAGCAUAACCCCCUUAGUUUUAUAACUUGGUUCAAACAACAAAACAACAAAACGACAAAAAAACAGCACAGACCGAGAGAGAAACGGAUUAAUCUAUAAUGUGAUCCAGUGGACAGGGAACAGCGCCAUACAGCAGAGUCGCUGUAUCAGAAUGUUUUACGCAAGAUAAACUCCCUCAGUAGCAUGGUAAGGUUGCAAUAAGGGCUGGUGAAGACCAUAGAUAUACGUUUCCUCCUCCACAGUUACACGAAAGAUCAGGGACACCACCUCAACCAGGCGCCCAUGCUAACCUUCAGCUAAUUUGGGCUACAAGUCCAUUAUUUAUUUAGUGUAGAGAAGGUGUGUUUUGAUGGGUGGUACUUGUGGUGAUACAACACUCUGUUACCCCCCCCCCCCCCCCCCCCCCCCCCCCCCCCCUCCCAGCUGUACAACGGUUCGAAGAGCAAUACAACAUGCAUCAAUAUUGAUUUGGAUCAUUCAUAAAGAAACACCAUAUUUCCCACAAUAGUUACAAGACAACUGUCAGACACUUACGCCAUAAUAAGCAAAUAAACCAAUGGAAAAUAACAGUCUCCAACAUCAGCAAUAAUGUACAGUUGUGUAUUCAGACCAGAACCGAGUGGGUGCAAGGAAAGGGAAAGAAAGAUUGGCAGGUCAAAUUAGCACACCUCCCUCACGGCGUAAAGCCACCGGGGUUUUCACAUAGGAGCCUUUGCUCAGGUCACAACCUCAUUGCGAUUCCAUAGUUAUCUAUUAGCAUAAUGCAUCCAUAUUCAGUGUACAAACAGUGCAAUGGGGAACGCAAGCGAAAACAAUCCUUAUGUAAGCCAACACGCCACAGCGAACUCGCUAUCAGGUGCUACUCGUAGCACCUGAUAGAAGCAACACAAAACCAUUUUCUCUGAGCUGAUUUGAAUUUGAUGGUAAUGGGUUUUUGGCGAGUGUGUAUAUAGUGGAGAAGGUGGAGGGAGCAGUUGAUGGGUUGAUUGGGUAGGGGGUUGGGGGUACCAGGUGUUUAGGUGCGGAGGUCCCAAUACAGUAAGGCGUGGGGGAAGGAUGUCUCAUCCCACCAGGGAAGCCUGCACUGGGACGCCAGCCAAGUUAUGAACACGUGCAUAGAACUCCUGGCACGUGCGCACAUGGGGGAGUCCCCAGAGCAAAGAGAAACAGGGAAGGGUGACGAGUUACCAGGGACACGCACCAUUAUAAGUUCUGCUACUGAGCGUACCUUAACAAUGGAUGCACUUUGGCCGAUUGCAUCUUUGUUUUGUUCUAAAGUGCCGAAAAGGUCCGUCCAACAAAACUCUGGUCAAACGCUGCAGAUGGGCCUCAGUUAUCAGCAAUAAUAUUCAAAUUUGCCGAGCUGUUGGAGCAAGCCAAUUUCAAUUUCAACGGUUAAAUUUUAAUUGCGUGCUCCCCUCAUUAGGCUAGUGCCGUCACGUUCUCCACAUUAAAUAGAAGGUGCCCCAAGUGAAAUAAUUGGUGAAGAGAGCCCCAGUUCGCUAAAUGACGCUCAUACCUCUUCAACUUCUGAACCUUUCCCUCUCCCUCUCUCUCUCUCUCUCUCUCUCUCUCUCUCUCUCUCUCUCUCUCUCUCUCCCUCUCUCUCUACUCAGGGUCAGAGGUAUACCAAUUGAUAUACAAUUGUGGGCUUCUCUCUCUCUCUCUCUCUCUCUCUCUCUCUCUCUCUCUCUCUCUCUCUCUCUCUCCCUCUCUCUCUACUCAGGGUCAGAGGUAUACCAAUUGAUAUACAAUUGUGGGCUUCUCUCUCUCUCUCUCUCUCUCUCUCUCUCUCUCUCUCUCUCUCUCUCUCUCUCUCUCUCUCUCUCUCUCCCCCUCCCUCCCUCCCUCCCUCUCUCACCUGUAACGUGAACGUCAGUGAGCCGAGGAAAAAGAGGAAUUUUUUGCCCCGUCUGCCAAACCAACGGGUAUUUAAUUGGUUCUUCAAAGCCGCGUGUGGUGGCAGGGAUCAGAUAUGGGAGAGACUGCGCAGUGUUGCGGGGGAAGGCUGUGUUCUGGCCGAUAAUAAGGCGAAUGAAAGCCCUCUUUAUCGCGCUGUGUAUCACUGCCCUGUGAAGGAAAGCCCUUAUCUGGCCUCCAAUAAUCCGAAAACUAAGUUAAACACCUUAAGGUACACACAGAGUCAACUGGCAUUUCUUACUAACGUAUCCCCCUCCCCCCAAAUCGAUACACUCGCAGAAACUCCCCAAGUUCGGAAAACAUGUUAGCAACUAGUGACUUUAACUAGCGAUGUUUUACCGUUUAGUUGAAUGGCCUAAAUGUGACGUGGUAGGUAUUUUGGUGUGGCUCUGGGAAACAGGGGAGGGGAGGGGGGUGGAGGUUACCUACACCCCACCCCCUCCCCGUAAUCUGUUUAAUUCUCUCCAGGUUGUUAUGGUUACAGUUGCCUUACGGUUUGACCCCUCACCUGUCCGCUGAUGCUUUGUAGUGGUUGAUACCUCACGUUGGGUGUGGCAGUGACGAUUGUGUGCGUCACGUUCUGUCUAAUGUGUUUUACCGCUAGAUAGAAUGUGCAGUUCAGUGCCGUAUUCAGUUCAAAUUGUUUAUUGCACUUGUUGACUUUGUAUCGUUCCGACAGGAAGAAAUAAAAAUGAGUUUUAUCUUUUCCAUUGUGUUUAAACUAAACUGCUGGUCUGGCAAUGUUU